GAAGCAAGGAGACCAGCCACUGGCAUUACUGAUCAGAAGGAAACGAGUGGCUUCAUCGCGGACAUGGCAGCGCCCGCCGAUGGAAGAGGACAUGGAGAGGAAAGAGAAAGGGUGGAGAAAUGUCAGGACCUGCGGAGGGAAACUGGGAGACUGUGGCAACUGAGGAAGGAGCGGGUUGUCCCUGUGGUUGGAGGCGCCCCUGGAAGCGUGGCACAAGAAUCUGACAGGCGGAUUGAAAAUUUGGGGGCACCGGGCGGUGUCGGAGCUGUACUAAGGACUGCCGUGUUAGGGACUGCAAGGAUCCUGACGAAGGGAUCAGAGAUGUAAGAGGUUUCCUUGGUCUUGGGUUAUGACCCGCCGAACAGGAGUAAAGACGGUAAUUCCUACAGCCAGAGCAUAAGAUAAUGAUAAUAAUAGUAAUUAAUAUUACUAAUAAUAAAUGAAUGAAUAUAUGUAUGUAUGUAUGACUGCAUGACAGAACCUAAAUCUAAAGCACGACCACUUAAGAGAUAUAAUAAACCGCAUGCUUGCAAAGGCAUGCAAUCCACGCACAGACACAUUGAAGGAAUUUCAGACGCACCCCCGCGCCCGCACACACACACGCACACGCAGACGACAUCGAGGAAAAUUAUUGAACACAAAUCUCCGCCCGAAACAGAUGCAAGUUUCAAGAGACGAGGGUCGCAAUGCACACAAAA